GGAGGCUGGAAGUUUAAACCGAGGCGAAAACCCCGCACUGAGUCGCUCCUCUUCUGAGUGCGCGGUUUCUUUUUUCCGAGGGCGUCGUCUGCUGGAGAAGGAGAGGGGCGAGUUCGCGCCCACGACCUCACGGCCGCCGCGAGGAGAAGGGGUCGGCUCAAGGCCGGCGUCCCGGCUCCGGGAGCAGCCUCGUGGGAGCGGGGUUAGCACGUCCGGGCGGGGUCUGGAAGCUGCCAUGGCGACCCGGCGAGCGGGGCGAAGCUGCUGGGAGGUGAGUCCCGCCGAGCGGAGGCCGCUGGCGGGGCGGCGGGGCCCCGCGGCCGAGGGGGAGGCGGCUUCGCCGCCCGUCCUGUCCCUCAGCCACUUCUGCAGGUCUCCCUUCCUCUGCUUCGGGGAUGUUCGAUUGGGAGCCUCGCGGACGCUGCCUCUGGUCCUGGACAACCCGAACGAGGAGGUGGCUCAAGUGACGAUCUCCCACGUCCCGGCCGCCGACCUGGGCUUUAGCGUGUCGCCGCGCCGUUUCGUGUUGCAGCCUAAAGAAAAAAUUGUUAUUUCUGUUAAUUGGACACCACUUAAAGAAGGACGAGUAAGAGAGAUUGUGACAUUUCUUGUAAAUGAUGUUCUGAAACACCAAGCUAUAUUACUAGGAAAUGCAGAUGAGCAGAAAAAUAAAAAGAGGAGUCUUUGGGAUACCAUUAAGAGGAAGAAAAAAUCAAUCUCUUCACGUCACAGCACAAGGAUUUCAAAUAUUCAAAAUGUUAACAAAACAUUUAAUGUUUCCAAAAAAGUUGACAGAGUUAGGAGCCCACUACAAGCCUGUGAAAAUAUGGCUAUGAAUGAAGGCUGUUCCCCAACAGAAAAUAAUUCUUUAAUAACCCUUGAAGAAAAUAAAAUACCCAUAUCACCUAUUAGCCCUGUUUACAAAGAAUGCCAUGGUGAAACUUGCUUGCUACUUUCUAUUCGUCGAUCUACUACUGACUCAUCUCUUCAUGCAUCUGAAAAUGAGGAACUAUUAAAAGUAGAAGAUGCCAACGUUUCACAAGAUUUUUAUUUUAAUGAGAAAGUCAUAACUGAAACUUCCUUUAAUUACGUAAAUGUUAAUGAGCAAAGUGAAGAGAGUAGUAAACUUACUCUUACUCCAAACUAUACUUCAACUUUGAACAUUACACAAAGCCGAGGAAAUUUUCUAAGUCCAGAUUCGUUUGUAAAGAAUAGCCAUGCAGCUAAUAAUAAACUAGAAUUAGUGACAUGUCUUUCUUCAGAUGCAUUUAUGAAAGAUAAUUCAAAUCCUGUGCAUUUGGAAUCAAAAACUGUACAUGAAACUUAUCAGACAAUUUUAAGUCCAGAUUCUUUCAUGAAUGAUAAUUAUGGACUAAAUAGGAAUCUAGAACCAGAGCCAAUUAAUCCCAUUUUAUCCCCACAUCAAUUUUUAAAAGAUAAUAUGGCUUGUAUAUGUAUGUCUCAGCAAACAUGUGAAUUAUCACCAUUAUCAACAGAAAAUUUUCAGAGCCCACAGUCUCCUCAAGAUUGGAGAAAAGAUGAAGUUUUGCCAUGUAUUCCUGAAUGUCAGGGUUCAAAAACUCCCAAACCUACUUUUGAAGAACUUGUAGAAAUGAAGUCAAAUUACUACCAUUUUACAAAACAAAAUCAUCCUAAAUUUUCUGCAGUUCAGGAUAUUUCUAGUUUCAGCCACAGUAAACAGCCUAAGAGACGUCCAAUACUUUCUGCUACUGUCACUAAAGGGAAGCCCACCUAUGCCAGAGAAAACAAAACUGAGAUUAAUAAACCAAAUGCAAAAAGAUGCCUCAACAGUGCAGCAGGUGAAUGUGAAAAAGAGGCUUUUCAUUCUCAUCUUCCAAUUAUAGAUCCAGUAUUGAGUAAAUCUAAGAGUUAUAAAAAUGAAAUAACUUCCUCUCCGAUGACAGCUUUAGUUGCUCGUAAAAGAAAGAGUGAUGGAAACAUGGAAGAUGCAAGUAUGCAGGUUGCGGUUGCCGAGCAGACAGAAGUGCGAGGAGGCAAAAGAAUCCAUUUUUCUCCUUGGGAGUCUAAAACUUCGACUGUUAAAAAAACAAAAGAGGUGAUAACACCCAUCUCAAUACGUAUUAGCAACAGAGAGAAAUUAAACCUGAAGAAGAAAGCUGAUUUAUUAGCAUUCAAGACUCCUAUUUCUAAAACAAACAAAAGAACAAAACCCAUUGUUGCUGUGGCGCAGUCCAAUUUGACCUUUAUAAAACCAUUAAAAACAGAUAUUCCUAGACAUCCAAUGCCAUUUGCUGCAAAAAACAUGUUUUAUGAUGAACGCUGGAAGGAAAAGCAGGAACAGGGCUUUACGUGGUGGCUAAAUUUUAUAUUAACUCCUGAUGAUUUCACUGUAAAAACAAAUACUUCUGAAGUAAAUGCUGCUACUAUUCUUUUGGGAGUGGAGAAUCAACAUAAAAUAAGUGUUCCUAGAGCACCUACAAAAGAUGAAAUGUCUCUCAGAGCUUAUACUGCUCGGUGUAGGUUGAAUAGAUUACGUCGUGCAGCAUGCUGUUUAUUUACUUCUGAAAAAAUGGUGAAAGCUAUUAAAAAGCUUGAAAUUGAAAUUGAAGCUAGGCGGUUAAUUGUUCGAAAAGAUAGACAUCUCUGGAAAGAUGUGGGAGAACGCCAGAAAGUUCUGAAUUGGCUGUUGUCAUAUAAUCCUUUGUGGCUUCGAAUUGGCCUAGAGACAGUUUAUGGAGAACUCAUAUCUUUGGAAGACAACAGUGAUAUCACAGGGUUGGCUGUGUUUAUUCUGAAUCGCUUACUUUGGAAUCCUGAUAUAGCAGCUGAGUAUCGACACCCAGCUGUUCCCCAUCUGUAUAGAGAUGGUCAUGAAGAAGCUUUGUCCAAGUUUACAUUGAAAAAGUUAUUGUUGUUGGUCUGUUUCCUUGAUUAUGCUAAAAUUUCCAGACUUAUAGAUCAUGAUCCUUGUCUCUUUUGUAAAGAUGCUGAAUUCAAGGCUAGUAAAGAAAUUCUUUUGGCUUUUUCACGAGAUUUCCUAAGUGGUGAAGGUGACCUUUCCCGUCAUCUUAGCUUAUUGGGAUUACCUGUUAACCAUGUUCAGACACCAUUUCAUGAAUUUGAUUUUGCUGUCACAAAUCUUGCUGUAGACUUGCAAUGUGGAGUUCGUCUUGUGCGAGCCAUGGAACUUCUCACAAAGAACUGGAAUCUCUCAAAAAAACUCAGGAUUCCUGCAAUAAGUCGUCUACAAAAGAUGCACAAUGUGGACAUUGCUCUUCAGGUUCUUAAAUCACAAGGAAUUCAAUUACAUGAUGAACAUGGAAAUACAAUUCUAUCUAAGGAUAUCGUGGAUAGGCAUAGAGAAAAAACUCUUGCAUUGCUUUGGAAAAUAGCAUCUGCUUUUCAGGUGGAUAUUUCUCUGAAUUUAGAUCAAUUAAAGGAAGAAAUUGACUUUCUAAAACACACACAGAGUAUAAAGAAAACAAUGUCUGCACUAUCGUGCCUUUCUGAUGCUGUCAUUAAUAAGAAAAAAGACAAAAGGAAUGGUGGAUCCUUUGAGCAACAUAGUGAAAGCAUAAAGUUACUGAUGGAGUGGGUAAAUGCUGUUUGUGCCUUCUAUAAUAAAAAGGUAGAGAACUUUACAGUGUCCUUCUCAGAUGGCCGUGUGUUAUGUUACCUGAUCCACCACUACCACCCAUGCUAUGUGCCUUUUGAUGCUAUAUGUCAGCGUACUACCCAAACCGUGGAAUGCACACAAACUGGUUCAGUGGUGUUAAAUUCAUCAUCCGAAUCUGAUGAUAGUUCUCUAGAUAUGUCUCUUAAGGCAUUAAAUCAUGAAAAUACUUCAGAACUGUACAAAGAGCUCCUAGAAAAUGAAAAGAAAAAUUUUCAUUUGAUUAAAUCUGCAGUUAGAGACCUUGGUGGAAUACCUGCUAUGAUUCAUCAUUCAGAUAUGUCAAAUACAAUUCCAAACGAAAAGGUGGUUAUUACCUAUUUGUCAUUUCUUUGUGCAAGGCUUUUGGAUCUUCGCAAAGAAAUAAGAGCUGCUCGGCUUAUACAGACAACAUGGAGAAAAUAUAAACUAAAAAUAGAUCUAAAACGUCAUCAGGAGAGAGACAAAGCUGCAAGGAUUAUUCAAUCAGCUGUAAUCAAUUUUCUAACUAAGCAACGAUUGAAAAAAGAGGUUAAUGCAGUGCUGUUCAUUCAGAAAUUUUGGCGAAGAGUUUUAGCACAGAGAAAAUUAUUAAUGUUAAAAAAGGAAAAACUGGAAAAAGUUCAAAAUAAAUCGGCCUCAGUUAUUCAGGGGUAUUGGAGAAGAUAUUCCACUAGAAAAAGAUUUCUGGAAUUAAAAUAUUAUACAAUCAUCUUGCAAUCUAGGAUAAGAAUGAUAAUUGCUGUUACAUCUUAUAAACGAUAUCUUUGGGCUACAAUUACAAUUCAGAGGCAUUGGCGUGCUUGUUUAAGAAGAAAACAAGAUCAAAAAAGAUAUGAAAUGCUAAAAUCAUCAUGCCUUAUAAUCCAGUCUAUGUUCAGAAGAUGGAAGCUACGUAAAAUGCAAUUACAAAUAAAAGCUGUGAUAAUAUUGCAAAGAGCUUUUAGAGAAUGGCAUUUUAGGAAACAAGCUAAAGAAACAUCUGCUAUUAUUAUACAAUCAUGGUAUAGGAUGCACAAAGAAUUACAGAAAUAUAUUUAUAUUAGAUCUUGUGUUGUUAUCAUUCAGAGAAGAUUUCGGUGCUUUCAAGCCCAAAAGUUAUAUAAAAGAAAGAAAGAGUCUAUACUGAUUAUCCAGAAGUACUACAAAGCAUAUCUGAAAGGAAAGAUUGAGCGCACCAACUAUUUGCAGAAACGAGCUGCAGCCAUUCUACUACAGGCUGCUUUCAGGAGAAUGAAAGCUCAUAAUUUACACAAACGAAUUAGAGCUGCUUGUGUUAUUCAGUCAUAUUGGAGAAUGAGACAAGACAGAUUUCGAUUUUUAAACUUUAAGAAGAUUGUUAUCAAAUUGCAAGCACACAUAAGAAGAUACCAACAAUUACAGAAGUAUAAGAAGAUGAAGAAAGCGGCCCUCAUAAUUCAGACUCAUUUCCAAGCUUACGUGUCAGCCAGGAAAGUUCUAGUGUCUUAUCAGAAAACACGCUCUGCUGUCAUUGUUCUACAAUCUGCAUAUAGAGGGAUGCAAGCCAGGAAAACAUUUAUUCACAUCCUUGCAUCUAUUAUAAAGAUUCAAUCGAAUUAUCGUGCUUAUGUGUUCAAAAAGAAAUUUCUGAGCCUAAAAAAUGCUACAAUAAAAUUGCAGUCAGUUGUCAAGAUGAAACAAACACGUAAACAAUAUUUACAUUUAAAAGCAGCUGCCCUGCUUAUCCAGAAAUGGUACCGUUCCAAAAAGAUGGCUGCACAAAAGAGAGAAGAAUAUAUGCAGAUGCGGGAAUCUUGUAUUAAACUGCAAGCUUUUGUUAGAGGAUACCUGGCCCGAAAGCAGAUGAGGUUGCAAAGAAAAGCUGCUAUUUUACUACAAUCGUAUUGCAGAAUGAGAAGGAUACGGCAGUACUACCUGAAAAUUUAUAAAGCAAUUGUUGUCAUUCAGAAUUACUAUCAUGCAUACAAAGCACAAGUCAGUCAGAGGAGGAACUUCUUGCAAAUCAAAAGAGCCGCCACUUGCUUACAAGCAGCUUAUAGAGGUUAUAAAGUACGCCAGCUAAUCAAACAACAAUCUAUAGCUGCUCUUAAAAUUCAAACUGCUUUUAGAGGCUAUAGUAAAAAAGUGAAAUAUCAAUCUAUGCUUCAGUCUACUAUGAAGAUUCAGAGAUGGUACAGGGCACACAAGACUGUUUGCGACGUAAGAAUACACUUUUUAAAGACAAGGGCAGCUGUGAUUUCUCUCCAGUCUGCUUAUCGUGGCAGGAAAGUUCGCAAGCAGAUCAGAAGGGAACAUCAAGCCGCAAUGAAGAUUCAGUCUGUUUUUAGAAUGGCCAAGGCCCGGAAACGGUUUACGUUAUUAAAAACAGCAGCAGUAGUCAUCCAGCAACAUCUGAGAGCAUGGGCUUCAGGAAAGAAACAACGUAUGGAGUAUAUUGAACUCCGUCAUGCAGUACUGAUGCUUCAAUCUACAUGGAAGGCAAAAACACUGAGAAGACAGAUUCAAAGGCAGCACAAAUGUGCUAUCAUCAUACAGUCAUACUAUAGAAUGCAUGUGCAACAAAAGAGGUGGAAAAACAUGAAAAAAGCUGCUCUUCUGGUUCAAAUGUAUUAUAGAGCUUACAGUAUUGGAAGGGAACAGCAUCACUUAUAUUUGAAAACAAAAGCAGCUAUAGUAAUUUUACAGUCAGCCUACCGGGGUAUGAAAGUGAGAAAAAGAAUAAAGGAUUGCAACAAAGCAGCAGUUACUAUACAGUCUAAAUAUAGAGCUUACAAAACCAAAAAGAAAUAUGCAACUUAUAGAGCUUCAGCUGUUAUAAUUCAGAGAUGGUAUCGAGACAUUAAAAUUGCAAAUCAUCAACAUAAGGAAUAUCUUAAUUUAAAGAAGACAGCAAUUAAAAUCCAAGCUGUUUAUAGAGGUAGUAGAGUAAGAAGGCAUAUUCAAGACAUGCACAAGGCAUCCACUUUAAUUAAAGCUAUGUUUAAAAUGCAUCAGUCAAGAGUAAGAUACCAUAUGAUGAGAAAAGCAGCUGUUAUAAUUCAAGUACAAUAUCGAGCAUAUUACCAAGGUAAAAUUCAACAUGAAAAGUACCUGACAAUUUUGAAAGCAGUUAAUGUUAUUCAGGCAGGUUUUAGAGGAGUAAGAGUUAGACAGACUCUGAGAAAGAUGCAGAUUGCAGCAACACUCCUUCAGUCAUGCUAUAGAAGAUACAGACAGCAAACAUAUUUUAAUAAGCUAAAGAAGGUAACAAAAAUAGUACAGCAAAGGUACCGGGCAGUGAAAGAAAGAAACAUGCAAUUUCACAGGUAUAACACAUUGAGGCAUUCAGUAAUUUACAUUCAGGCUGUUUUUAGAGGGAUGAAAGCUAGAAAACAUUUAAAGGUUAUGCAUUUAGCCGCAACCCUUAUUCAGCGAAGAUUUAGAACUCUAAUGAUGAGGCGAAGAUUUCUGUCUCUCAAGAAAAGUGUUGUUUGGAUUCAAAGAAAACAUCGUGCAAAUCUCUGUGCAAAGCAUCACUUACAACAAUUCCUUCAGUUACAAAAGGCAGUUAUUAAAAUCCAGUCAUCUUACAGAAGAUGGGUGGUAAGGAAAAAAAUGCAAGAAAUGCACAGGGCUGCUACUUUCAUUCAGACUGCUUUCAGAAUGCACAGAGUACACGUGAGAUACCAGGCUUUGAAAAAGGCCUCGGUUGUUAUCCAACAGCGAUACCAAGCAAAUAGAGCUGCAGAACUGCAGAGGCAGAAUUACCUCAGACAAAGACAUUCUGCCCUGAUCCUUCAGGCUGCGUUUAGGGGUAUGAAAACUAGAAGACAAUUGAAGAGUAUGCAUUCUUCUGCAACCCUUAUUCAGAGCAGGUUUAGAUCUUUAGUGAUGAGGAAAAGAUUCACUUCCCUCAAAAAAGCUACUAUUUUUGUUCAGAGGAAGUAUCGAGCCACCAUUUGUGCCAAGCAUAAAUUGUACCAAUUCCUGCAGUUAAGAAAGGCAGCCAUUACAAUACAGUCAUCUUACCGAAGACUGAUAGUAAAGAAGAAAUUACAGGAAAUGCACAGGGCUGCAGUUCUCAUUCAGGCCACUUUCAAAAUGCACAGAACAUGUGUUACAUAUCAGACUUGGAAACAUGCCUCAGUUGUAAUUCAGCAACGUUAUCGAACAUACAGGGCUGCAAAAUUGCGAAGAGAAAAUUAUAUCAGACAAUGGCACUCUGCUGUGAUCAUUCAGGCUGCUUAUAAAGGAAUGAAAGCAAGACAGCUUUUGAGGGAAAAACACAGAGCUGCUAUCCUAAUACAAAGUACAUAUAGAAUGUAUAGACAGUAUUAUUUCUACCAGAAACUUCGGUGUGCUACAAAAGUAAUACAAGAAAGAUACAGAGUAAAUAAAAAGAAACAGAAAGCUCUUCAACACAAUGUGCUUAAGAAAGCAGCAACUUUUACUCAGGUAAGUUUUCAGGACAUGAACAUAAGGAAACAGAUUGAGAUAGCAUCAGCUGCCUUUAUUGUUCAAAAGCAUUUUAAACCUUUUAAAAUAAGGCAUUAUCUCCAUCGUAGAGUAACAGUAUUUUCUGUCCAGAGAAGGUACAGAGUACUAACUGCAUUGUGUGCUGAAGCAGUUAUUUGUAUGCGGUCUUUUUACAGAGGUUUCAAGGUAUGAAGGGCUAUAUCUAAUAUGCACCUGACUGCUACACUGAUUCAGUCCUUCUACCAAAUGCACGGGGUAAAGCUGAUUAUCAGGCAAAGAAAACUGCAGUUGUAGAGAAUUAUUAUCAGAGUAAAAAGGGAAAGGAAAAAUUUAGCAGUUCAGAAAUCUGUAUGAACUAUUCUGGCUGCUUUUAGAGGCAUGAAAGUUAGUCAAUUGAAAAACAUACCUGAGGAAAGGGUGACAGCCAUUGUUAACCAAUCUGCGUUCUGCUGUUACAGAGCUAAAACUCAAUGUAACGCUGUGCAAAGUGGGCAUUUGAUGAUUCAAAAGUGGCAUACAACUUUACUUGCUUAUUCACAGGAAGCAGAGUGUCAUUCUCAAAGCAGGGCUGCAGUAACCAUUCAAAAAGCUUCUCAUAAAACAGUCAGAAGAAAACUGGAAACACAGAAAAGUGCUGCUUUACGAAUUCAGUCCUUGCUCCAGAUGGCUGUGUAUCGAAGAAGAUUUGUUCAGCAGAAAAGAGCUGCUAUUACUUUGCAGCAUUAUUUCAGGACAUGGCAAACAAGAAAACAGUUUCUGUUAUAUAGAAAAGCAGCAGUGGUUUUACAAAAUCACCACAGAGCCUUUCUGUCUGCCAAACAUCAAAGACAAGUUUAUUUACAAAUCAGGAGCAGUGUUAUCAUCAUUCAGGCUGGAAUGAAAGGAUUUAUACAGAAACGGAAGUUUCAGAAAAUUAGAAAUAGCACCAUAGCAAUUCAGGCUGCGUGGAGGAGAUAUAAAGCCAAGAAAUAUUUAUGUAAAAUGAAAGCUGCAUGCAAGAUUCAAGCAUGGUAUAGAUGCUGGAGAGCACGCAAAGAAUAUUUAGCUGUAUUAAAAGCUGUUAAACUUAUUCAAGGUUCCUUCUAUACCAAACUGGAGAGAACACGGUUUUUGAAUGUGAGAGCAUCAACAAUUAUCAUUCAGAGAAAAUGGAGAGCUACACUUUCUGCAAGAAUAGCUCGUGAGAACUUCUUAGUGAUAAAAAGACAUCGGGCUGCUUGUUUGAUCCAAGCACAUUUCAGAGGAUAUAAAGGAAGGCAGGUCUAUCUUCAGCAGAAAUCUGCUGCUUUGAUCAUACAAAGAUAUAUACGAGCCAAGGAGGCUGGGAAGUGUGAAAGGAUAAAAUAUGUUGAAUUAAAAAAAUCUACAGUUAUUCUACAAGCACUGGUGCGUGGUUGGUUAGUAAGAAAAAAAAUUUUAGAACAGAGAGCCAAAAUUCGGCUUCUUCACUUCACAGCAGCUGCGUAUUUUCACCUGUCUGCUCUUAAAAUUCAAAGAGCAUAUAAACUUCACAUGGCUAUGAAGAAUGCUAACAGGCAGCUUGAUUCAGUCAUCUGUAUUCAGAGAUGGUUUCGAGCAAGAUUACAACAAAAGAGGUUUGUUCAGAAUUAUCAUAGCAUCAUAAAAAUUGAGCAUGAAGUUCAAGAAUCUCUGAAACAGCAAAAUAGGGCUGCAUCAGUAAUACAGAAAGCAGUACGCCAUUUUCUCCUUCGUAAAAAACAGGAAAAAUUUAAUAGUGGAAUCACUAAAAUUCAGGCAUUAUGGAGAGGCUAUUCUUGGAGGAAGAAAAAUGACUGUACAAAAGUGAAAGCUAUACGACUAAGUCUUCAAGUUGCCAGUAGAGAGAUUCGAGAAGAAAACAAACUCUACAAAAGAACUGCACUUGCACUUCAUUAUCUUUUGACAUAUAAGCACCUUUCUGCUAUUCUUGAGGCUUUAAAGCACCUGGAGGUAGUUACUAGAUUGUCUCCACUUUGCUGUGAGAACAUGGCCCAGAGUGGAGCAAUUUCUAAAAUAUUUGUUCUGAUCAGAAGUUGUAAUCGUAGUGUUCCUUGCAUGGAAGUCAUCAAAUAUGCUGUACAAGUCUUGCUUCAUGUAGCUAAGUAUGAGAAGACUACGGCAGCAGUUUAUGAUGUAGAAAAUUGUAUAGAUACACUGUUGGAGCUUUUGCAGAUGUAUCGAGUAAAGCCUGGUGACAAAGUUGCAGACAAGGGUGGAAGCAUUUUCACAAAAACUUGUUGUUUGUUGGCUGUUUUAUUGAAGACAACAAAUCGAGCCUCUGAUGUAAGAAGUAGGUCCAAAGUUGUUGAUCGUAUUUAUAAUCUCUACAAGCUGACAGCUCAUAAACAUAAAAUGAAUAAUGAAAGAAUACUUUGUAAACAAAAAAAGAAUUCUUCUAAGAGCAUUCCCUUUAUUCCAGAAACACCUGUAAGGACCAGAAUAGUUUCAAGACUUAAGCCAGAUUGGGUUUUGGGAAGAGAUAACAUGGAAGAGAUCACGAAUUCCCUGCAAGCUAUUCAAAUGGUGAUGGACACGCUUGGCAUUCCCCAUUAGUCAGUGUAAUCACUUAAGGGUGUACAGCAUAAAGAAAUGUUAAAGCUCAUCAUGCAUGUAUGUAAACUGUUUUUUGCUUUCUGUGUACAACUAUUAAAAUCUUUGUAUUAAAAUUUUAAAAAUAUAUAACAAACAA